ACUUCACGAAGUGAGGCUAAAGUGGAUUCAAGUCGCCAUGGCAAGCCGAAAAACUUCUCCCCCAAACCGGGACAGUGGGGACAAGUACUCUGUAUUAUUACCUACCUACAACGAAAGGGAAAACCUCCCUCUCAUAGUUUGGCUUUUGGUGAAAUAUUUCGGUGAAAGUGGAUAUAACUACGAGGUAAUCGUCAUUGACGACGGAAGCCCAGAUGGCACACUGGAGGUGGCACAGCAGUUGCAGAAAAUUUAUGGAGAGGACAAGAUACUUCUACGGCCAAGAGCGAAAAAAUUAGGCCUAGGCACUGCCUACAUCCAUGGCAUGAAGCACGCAACUGGGAACUUCGUCAUCAUAAUGGAUGCAGAUCUUUCACAUCAUCCCAAAUUUAUCCCAGAAUUUAUUGAAAAGCAGAAGGAGGGUAAUUACGACCUGGUGUCUGGUACUCGUUACCAAGGCAACGGAGGCGUAUACGGCUGGGACUUGCGCAGGAAACUCAUCAGUCGGGGAGCAAACUUUCUGACUCAAGUGUUGUUGAGACCCGGUGCUUCAGACCUCACAGGCAGCUUCAGGCUGUACAAGAAGAAGGUGUUGGAGAGUCUGGUUGAGCGUUGCGUGUCCAAAGGGUACGUCUUUCAGAUGGAGAUGAUCGUCCGUGCCAGACAGCUCAACUACACAGUUGGAGAGGUACCCAUUUCCUUUGUGGAUCGAGUUUACGGAGAGUCCAAACUGGGAGGAAAUGAGAUUGUGUCGUUCGUGAAAGGACUGCUCACACUCUUUGCCACAACAUGAUCAGUGAUGUAGUCACUGUGGAUAUCCCACGGUUGGAUGGCUUUUAAAGUCGCUGUCUUACAUACUCUACUGUAGUUUGGAUUGUAAUGAGGGAAAAAAGCUCCACUUGCCCACAGUCAGACAGCGACAUGACGGCAAAUGACAAAGGAGACAUCUCUCUCCCCUGUUAGCAGUAAAUAAAUAAAAUAAUUCCCUGUCAGUAGCCGUCCAGAAUACUGAAGGAACGUAGUGCUUUACAUUCCCAUCACCCUCUUUCAUGAAUUUUGAACAGAGCAGAUAGUGUUUCAUCAUUCCCAGUCCAGACAGCUGACUGUACUCUGCAUUUACACAGUUGUGAGAGGGGUUUAUGAUAAUCUGUGACUGUUUGUAUGAAAUUAAACAGUUUGUAUUGUUGG